AUGUUACAGUUGUUUGGAAGGCCCUUUGGCCAUUCCCUCAGAGGGACUUCUCCCAAAUCCGUGAAAACGUCCACUGUCGAUUGGAAACCACUCAAGGGAGUCCAGGGUAAUUUGGCAACUUUAGAACACCAAGCCAAGGCUUCAAAGUUCAGGGGAUUCAUCUUCGGACUCAUGAUUGGAAUGCCUAUUAUCAGUUUCGGUUUGGGGUGCUGGCAAGUCCAGAGAUUGAACUGGAAGGUGGAGGUUAUCGCCAGAAGUGAGAAUGCUUUGGCACAACCUCCCAUUGAAGAGCUUCCCGCCAACCUAGACCCAAGUGUCAUUCCCGAAUUCGAAUACAGAAGGUUUAAGGUCAAGGGGGAGUUUGACUAUUCGCAAGAGAUGUUCUUGGGUCCAAGGAUGAGAAAUGGAAUUUUAGGGUAUCUUGUGGUGACACCUUUCAAGAGAUCGAGUGGUGGAAAACCUAUUUUGGUUGAACGUGGUUGGAUCAACAAGGACAAAGUCAUCCCAAGUACUCGUGAAAAAGGCUACUUGUCGCAUUUAGCUCUCCCUCAAGGAGAGAUCGAGAUCGAAGCCUUGUUCAGAGUCAUGCCUACAAAGUCUUCCUUGCAGUUCGAGCACAAGGAUGGCUCACGUUUGUUCAACGUGCACGAUGUUCCCGUAAUGGCAGCACAAGCAGGAGCUUUGCCCAUCUACUGUCAAAUGAUCUAUGACUUAAGAGACCAUGUUGAAUGGAGAAAGGACAGCAAGAGCACUUCCGGUUCUUCGUGGAUGUCGUGGUUGUCGAAGCCGCAAUCCGGAAACAAGAAGGAUGACGCCCACUUCAUUGCUGACAUGGCUGACGAUGACUUGACUUUGGAAUACCAAGAGUUCGAAUUUGUCAACGAGGGGGUUCCCAUUGCAGCAUACCCUAAGAUCAAGCUCACCAACAAUCACUUGCAGUACUUGAUUACGUGGUUCGGCCUCUCUAUUGCCAGCGCAGGCUUGUUAGGAUACACUUUCUUGAAGAAGGGUAGCCAUCUGAGUGCCGAAAAGGUGUUGGAAGCCAAGAGAAAGGAUAUGGGCAGAAGAUUCUAA